GCCCUGACUGAAACCAGAACAACUUCUAAUUCUAGUGCCACGAUCAUUCAGACCAGGCUAUCUAUCCACCGAUGGAGCUACAUGCAAAGUUCGUGAACCAGAUGAAAUUCCUUUCAAUUGGCAGCAUCGCUUCAGAGUACAGCACCAUUCGAUCCCAGACCUCAGUUGUCAAGCGAAACCUAGGCCUGACGACUGAGUCCGGAGGACUGACGGAGAACGUGAAGAAGAACCGCUAUAAAGACAUCUUGCCCUAUGACCAGACUCGCGUGGUGCUAAAUCCACUGACCAGUCCCUUUGACUCUGACUACAUUAAUGCAAACUUCAUUCAGGGGGCGACAGAGACUAAAAAGUACAUUGCCACCCAGGGACCUCUGAGCGCCACACUGGUGGACUUCUGGAGGAUGAUCUGGCAGUACGAGGUCAAGGUCAUAAUGAUGGCAUGCCGAGAGAUAGAAAUGAGAAAGAGGAAGUGUGAGCGUUACUGGGCCGCCCACCAAGAAACCUCUCAGUUUGGACCUUUUCUUGUCUCAAAUAUGUCAGAGUCUUUCCCCAACGAUGAGGUAGUGGUUCGCUCCCUCGUCGUCCAGUACCUGAACGAGAAGAAGACAGUCAAUCAGUUUCAGUACACUGCCUGGCCCGACCAUGACAUCCCAUACACUGCAGAAGGGAUCCUAGGAAUGAUGGACAUGGCUCGCAACGCCCAGGCGGACAGCCCUAGCCCUGUUCUAAUACACUGCAGUGCAGGCUGUGGGAGAACGGGGGUGAUCUGUGCUGUAGAUUACAUCCAUGACCUCUUGGUUACCAAGCAAAUCAGAGAGGAAUUCAGUAUCAUGAAGAUCGUGCUGGACAUGAGGAGACAGAGACAAUCUGCAGUCCAGACCCAGGAGCAGUACCAGUUUGUCUUUUCUGCUGUGGCACAGAUAUUUCAGAGGUCGUUACAGAGGCCCGUCAAUCCUUCCUACAGCCUAUCACAGAGCAGUGGAUCUGUCAGCAGAAAUGUGGAGACGGUGAAGUGUUGUCAACUCGGCAGGAUCGCAGCCAGCCCAGCCAGCAGCCACAAGCUCACUAACAGGUCCACCUCUCUGCAACCUAUACGGUCUGGAGACCACACUCCUGGCCAGAAAAUGAACGACACUUACGCCGUGGUCAACAAGACACGGCAGACCAUCCCCAAGUCCAAGCCCUCCAUCCUGGCCCCCUCCUCCAAGAAUCACUAUGACAACGAGGAAACGGGAGGAGCCAGUGGAGCCCAGGCCACUCCCCUCUAUAGCACUGUCAGGCCACGGUCCAGAGCCCUCCACCCCACCCUCUCUGAUACACCCAUCUAUGACACCGCAAUCCCAGCCAAUGCCAGGCUAUCCCCUGAGUCACUUGACCAUCUAAGCGGGUAUGAGCUGGUCAAAGGUGAGUGCUCCAAACAUGACGACUAUGAGUACGUCUCCGAACCCAUCAGGGAGACCCCCAGCAGCUGCAGUUCUCCAACCAGCCUGGGUUUUAAUUGUCGCGUCAAGAAACCUAAAGGACCUCGAGAUCCUCCGGCAGACUGGGCUCACGUGGAGAGAUGACACCCCUGCUACACACCUGUCGGAUUGUGUGUUAGUCUCUCUGUGUGUGUGUGUGUGUGUGUGUGUGUGUCAAUCUGUACAAGAGCUGUCCAGCACUGGUUACAGUCACUCAUUUUUAAUACUCCUAGUUUUUGUCUCUGUCCAAAGUUCUGUUGUCUUGGUUGAAUAGUUGCCACAAGGGGACAGUAGAGUAACAUGGGUACUGCAGCAGGUUGUAUCUAAUGUAUUAAUGAUGAUGGUAAUAAUAAUAAAAAGUUAUCUAAUGGUCA